CUCUCGAUCUCAUUCUCCUUCCUUAUCGCCGACUGCAUCUCUCGAUCUCCUUCUCCCUUAUCGCCGACGGAUUCUCUCUCGUAUCUCUCCUCUGCCACCGGCGAGACCCUCUCCGAUUGAGCCCAUUGGCCUCCGUCGCGCUGCCUUUCUCAAAAAAUCGCCCUCCGAUUUUCUUAUUACAGUUUCUAGCGAUAGAUCUGACCUCGACCUGGCAGAUCCCCUUCCACCGGGAGCGAACGGGGCCAAGAUUCGUGUCGGAGAAGCUCGACGGUCGGGCCAGACGCUGGUGUCGAAAACGCCGAUGAUGACAUCAAAAUCGUAGUCCGACUCGGACCAGGGCCUGCACUGGUUUCCUUCUUCCCGAUCGCCGACGCUCUGCUUCUUCCGGGUCGCCACUCGCAGGAGACGCUCUGCUUCUUCCGGGUCGCCACUCGCAGGCGGGGCUCUCCUUCUUCCUGGUCGUUAAGGAUUAUAGAACUUUGUGUUUGUUCUAACAAAAGAGAUCAUUGUCAGGUGUGGGCCAAAAAAUUUGGGUACAUACUAGAAGAAGAAGAUGAGCAACAAGUGAAUUUGGCGCAAGGGUAAGAUGAAGUGCAAGGAGCUGUCAUUUGUAAUGUAUGUAGUACUGAUUUGUAAAUCAUAGCUUGUACUAUUUAUCAAUAACGUUUGCAUUUUUGGCAAUCUGUCAGGAUUCACCCACCUAGAAUUCCAUGGUACAAAGUCUUGUGGAGUAUAUUUCUUGUUCUCAGGCAUCGUUUUCCUGACUUUGUUGGUGCUCUGGAAUAGAAUCAAAACUUUAGUGCAACACAAAAGCUAGGGAUUUGCAAGCUCCCUGAUAAUUGUUUGAUGUGUGAUAUGGUAGCAGAAACCAAUGAUCAUCUCGUUCUUCAGUUGUCCCUUCUCAAAAGCAGUGUUAGCUGGUUUAUUUCCUUUGAUAAACCUGGGCAAAUGAUUGAAAUGGGAUUGUGGUGAUUAGAAUUUGUAGUCUAGUAGUAUAGUUCAUCCGAGUGGAAGAAAUGGGAUGGUUCGACUGAAAACUGCAUAUCGUAAUCCAAAUCGGUAGUCCGUAUUAUUGAUAUGAAAUGAUUGAAACACGAUUUAUUCCAGACGCUUCAGUUGGGAUUCGGUGAAAGCCGUCUGUAGAUAACUCUGUAUUUCCUGCACAAGUUGUGGCGAUCAUGAAACACGACCUGACAAUGGCUGAGUACAACAGUUGUAGGACAGUGGAGGAGAGCAAUAAAUGUAAAACGGAGAUUGAAGAUGCUCAUCGCUCUCUGUUCCUUAGCAAUGAUGAUAAAGAACAGAGCAGAAGAACAGUAGUGUAAGAAGUAAACAGAAGGCAAGAGAGAAGAUACAACUUUCCCAAUUCAUUCGUUCUGAAAAUCGGAACUUUUUUAUGUACACACACUGGACCAGACAGCACACUGCUAAUGAUGUUCAUCAGCUUUGGCCUACUUCAGCCCCGACAUUUCAAAUUUAGCCAUUGAGAAGAGGGAAAUGGUGUGGAGAAGUGGAAGUACCACAUCCAGAUUUAAGAGUCUGGGGUUGGUAAUUACACCUAGGGGUGGGAAACGGUGCGGUUGCGGUUAACUGCACCGCAAUUUGCGGUUAACCGUAACCGCAAAACACCCAUAUUAGCCAACCGCGACCGCGUCUCUCACGGUUAGCGGUUAACCAAAAACCGCAAAACGCGGUUAGCGGUGAACCGCGGUUUAUGGUUGUCAAAACCGCAACAUUGAUGAUGGGCGGCACUGCGGCAGCGGGGCAGGGGAGCAGACCUCGACCUGGCUGGAAGAGGGCCACCGGCCACGAGGUGACGUCGGGUCGGAUGGCAGCGGGACGCCGGGGACAGCGCAAAGCGAAGCUUCUUGUUCGACCACUAAGCCUGAACAGAACAGAGGGACGCCGCGCCGGGGAGUGGGGACGGGUGACGUCAUCGUCGGGGACUUCCAGGGGCAGGGACGGCAGGACGGUGGCGGUCGGAAUGGCAGCGGCGCAGCGGGAGGGGAGUCAACAGUCAACUAGUCAAGGGUCUUCGAAGGGGUGAAGGACUGAAGGGGAUUAGGGUUUUGGACUUUUGUGUUUAACUGUUUGCCGUUUGGUCUUUCAAUUUUUUGUUUCUCCAGGACGAGGAGAAGUGGGGGAGGGGCCGGGUCGGGUUUAUGGGCUGGGCUGGGGUCAAUUUUGGGAUGGGCUGGGGUAAACUAUGGGCUGGGUCUUGGGUCGCGGUUAGCCUUGCGGUUAUAUGUAUUUGCGGUUUGCGGUUUAGCUGGGGUCAAUUUUGGGAUGGGCUGGGGUAAACUAUGGGCUGGGUCUUGGGUCGCGGUUAGCCUUGCGGUUAUAUGUAUUUGCGGUUUCGGUUGCGGUUAAACCGCAAACCGCAAAACAACCCAUAUCGCCAACCGCGACCGCAAAAUAGGCCAAAUAUGCGGUUUGCGGUUAACCAAUAACCGCGCGGUUUCGGUGCGGUUAUCGGUUUAACCGCGAAACCGCAACCGUUUUCCCAGCCCUAAUUACACCGCAUGUAAUAAUGUGAGAGGGUCUUUAGAUUGGAGUGAUGGAUGGAUGAGGACAAAGCACAUCAAAAGUAUUAGAAUGCACACUAUAAAUCUUAUAAAACAUA